GUUCUGGACCUCAGGGUCAGUCUGGGAUCUGCUCCCUCUGCGGGGAGGGAGGAGACAGCGGGGAGCAGAGGGUGGACCACUGAUCCUCAGCGCCUCUCCACGUUUCUCUAACUCUUCRUUUCAACUCGAACUGGACCGAUGCUGACUCGGAUGGACUAGAGAAAAGAGAAUCCUGCAGAACUGUGCGCUUCUGUCUUGAUGCGCCAAACGCGCGUCUUGUGCGUCAAAUGGAUUCCCAAGCGCAAACUGUCGCAGGUUGAUCAUCAGAGCUCAUCCUUCUUUUCCCCGCAACACCAUUAAAUUGUGGACCAUGUGCCCCCGUCGGACUGAGAUGGACAAUGAGGUUAUGGGAUAGCCUCACCACUUGUUUGGUUCUGCUCAGCGCAGUGCGGGUCAGCGCGCUGCCGCGGAGCCAAAGAACAGGAGCCCCCGCUGAGGAGAACCCCCUGGAGAUCCCGGCGGUCCAGAACCCCCUGGCUGCUGUCUCCCGCAGAAUCAAGCAGGAGGACUCAGCGGAGGGCAGACUGGAGAGGGGCCUUAAAUACACUAUAAGGGAGCCCCUCCCAGAUGAAGAUGCAGUUGAAUUCAUCAAUGCAAUGAUCAGUCGAGUGCGUCGCUCAUCCUCAUCCACAGAGCCUUCAUCUACCUCCUCCUCUUCUUCCUCCCUCAGAGAAAACUUGAACAUCAGGACUCGGCAAAGAAGGGAGAGGAGGAGGAAGAAGAAGAAGACGAAGAGCGGCCAGCGGAAAAGAGGAGAACUUAAAGGAGAGGAAAUGAGCGUGAAGAUGAGACGAGGCAGCGGCGGUGGGAGAGGACAGGGCUGUGCCCUCAAACAGAUUCACCUGAACGUGUCGGACCUCGGCCUCGGCUACCGCUCGGGUGAGGAAAUGAUAUUCAGAUACUGUUCGGGGCCCUGCAGGAAGUCUGAGACCAACUAUGACAAAAUUCUUUUUAACCUUGUUCAGAAAAGGAAGCUUCCUCAUAAAGACACGCCCCUGCAGGCCUGCUGUCGGCCUAUCGCRUUUGACGAUGAUCUCUCAUUUCUGGACGACAGCCUCAUUUACCACACCGUGAGGAAGCACUCUGCCAGGAAAUGUGGCUGUGUGUAACAGGAUUUAAUUUUCAAGCAAUUUGACUGUAACUGUUUUAAGUCCACCUGCAAAGGGGUAAUUAGGAUUUUACCCUAAAAUCCUAAACUUGAUUUUCCCAAAGAUAUUUAUAACAAAAGCAUGGAACUUGCCUAAAACCAUACAUGACUGUUAACCCUAACAGUUUAUUGUGUCUGCUAAGCACAUCUUAUGGGAAAAAUUUAGACAAAUAUGAAAUUUAUUUAUAAAAUG